AUGGGUAAUGAGGAUGCAGACAUUGAAGCCGAGCUUAUGGCUGCCGGCAAGGAGCUGGACAAGGAUGGCGAAAUCGACCGUAUCCUUGCCGUCUUCAAGCUCAACGCAUACGCCGUGCUGGAUCUCCAGCCCGGUGUCCCCGAAUCCGACAUCAAGAAAACCUACCGCAACAAAUCGCUCCUCAUACAUCCUGACAAGACUACAAACCCCAAAGCGCCGGAAGCCUUUGACCGCUUGAAGAAGGCGCAGACCACGCUUAUGGACGAGAAGCUGCGUGCGGAGCUAGAAGAGCACAUUUCUGACGCGCGCAUGCUGCUGAUGCGCGAGCGCAAGCUUACGGCUGACGACGAGGAGACGCGCGGCGAUGAGUUUGCGAGAGCAUGGCGGGAGAAGACGACGUGGGUCAUCAUGGACAAUGAGAAGCGGAGGAGGCGGCAGAUGGAGGCGCAGAUGCGGGAGGAGGGACGGGCGCAACGCAAGGAGGAGGAAGAAAUUGCGGAGCGGAAGCGCAAGAGAGAGCACGAGGAUGCAUGGGAGAAGACGCGAGAUACCCGCAUCAACAGCUGGAGGGACUUCCAGAAGGGCAAGGGUCCCGAGGACGGCAAGAAGAAAAAGAAGAAGCUGAAGGUCGUAGGCUAG